AUGCUCACAUCACGUUAUGAUUUAUAUAUUGGUAUUGGUAUUGGAGCUAUAACUGUUAUUAUUAUAAUUCUUGUUGCAACAAUUAUUUUUUGUCAAUGUUGUUUACCAUCAUCAAGUCAUCAAUAUUUUGGUAGACCUGUAAGUCAUUAUGCAGCUAUCAAUAAUAUUGAUGCUAAAACUUAUUUCAAACCACCACAACAUCUCAAUUAUGCACCAAUAGUUCAUCGUAUUACACAACCACCUGUUAUUACACAGGAAACAUCAUCACAAUCGGCUCGUACAUCAGUUGCAUCCGGUGGUCGUUUUUCAAUAUUAUCAGAAAAAUUAUCUCGUCUAUCGAUUAGUUCAAAUCAAUCCGGUCGACCAUCUGUUGCAUCUGAUAGUGUACUUUUACAUAAAAAAGGUGAAACUGGUCGUUUAUCACAUUCAUAUGAAGAUACAGAUACACAAGAUAUAACAGCACAUUAUACAAAUAAAUCUUAUUCAAAAACAAUACGUUUAUCAACAGAUGAUGGUGAUAAUAAAAUACCAUUAUUAUCUAAUACAAAUAAUUCUAAAAAUAUACGUUUUCAAUUAUUUCCACGUACAUCAGAUGCUGUUGAACAAUCAAUUACAUCUAUUGAUCAAGCAUCAGGUAUUAUUGAAGAACAAUUAUUAGGAUCAUCAAAACGAACAUUAACAAAAUUAGAUUCAAAUCAAAAUAUAAAUAUAGGACGUCGUCAAUCAUUACUUCGAUCACCAUCAUCACGUUAUGCAAUACCAAAAUUUCCCAUUGUUGGAAAACAAUCAAUCAAUACAGUACGUGCUUCCAUACAACCAUUAGAACAAGGACUUCUUUCACCACCAAUUUCAUCGCAAUUUUCUUCUCAUCAUAAAAAGAAAAAAACAUUACGUGGUGCAUUGGGUGCUAUUAUGCCUGAUCUCUAUUUUACAGGUACCGCAUGUACAACUAAUAGUGACAGUAAUGGUAGUAAUAGAAUAAUUCCCAAUAGUAAUAAUAAUAUUGGUGAACAAAAAAAUGAUGAAUUAUCAAUUGUAGAAGAAAAUUUAUAUAAAUUACAUAUUCGUACAUUCUAUGAUGAACAUCGAAAUGAUUUUAUUAUUAAUAUAAUUGAAGCUCAAUAUUUACCAAUAGAAUUUGAAGAAUUAUCUAAUCCAUAUGUUAAAAUUUAUCUUCGUCCACCAAUAGAUCAAAAAUUACGUCAAACAUCAGUACAACCACAAACAUUAAAUCCAAUAUGGAAUGAAUGUUUUAAAUUUAAUUUAACAAAUGAAACAAUAUUUAAAACAACAAAAACAUUAUAUUUUUAUAUUUAUAAUUAUGCACAUUCAAGUCGAUCAGAAUGUAUUGGUGAAGCACAAUUACGUUUAACAUCACAAAUUUUACAUAAUGGUAGUGAUCUUUGGUGUACAAUUAAUAAACAACGAGCAGAAGAUGAAUAUCUUGGUGAAUUACUUAUUUCAUUAACAUAUUUACCACAAGCUGAACGACUUAAUGUUGGUAUUAUUGAAGCACGAAAUCUUAAAGCACUUUCAAUGCAUCUUGAAGCUGAUCCAAUUGUUCGUUUAACAUUACAAUUAGGUCAAACAGAUAAAGUAAAACGUAAAAAAACAUGUGUUAAACGUAAUACAUUAAAUCCAAAAUGGAAUGAAGAAAUAUCAUUUAAUAUACCAGGUGUUCCAUUAGCUGAAUCAUCUCUUGAAAUAGGUGUUUAUCAUCAUGAUCUUAUUGCACCUGAUGAACCAUUAGGUUUUUUACGUUUUGAAAAUGUAACACCAAUUAGUAGUGCUAAUAUAGCUCAACAUAGUGAAAUAAUUCAUUGGUGUGAAGUUAUUAAUGGUGAACAACGAGCGGCUUGUUGGCAUUUAUUACGAAAAGCUGCAAGAAUUAUUCCAACAACACCUUUAUCAUCUAAUAAUAACAAUAAUAAAACUUCGCAACAACAACCAAGAAAUUCGACGAGUGUUAUCAAAUAA